GCAACAUGUUCAGUCUUGCUCUGACGUUCGAAGCUGCACGAAUGCCACAGUUAUCGUCAGAUGCCCUAACUUUUACCUGGCAAAGUUUCAAGAUCUUGUUAGAAUUUUUCUGUGGUGAUUACAAGGUAUCAUGUUUAUCACAGUGUUGUUUGGAGAUAAUGAGCAUGCUCAUUUCAAUAUAUUUUGCAAGACCCGAGUUCUGUUGGAUUACAUCAAGCAGAGCUGCCACUGCGAGACUGAAGCUGAGAUUGGUCUAGCAGAUGAACAUGGAGAGGUGCAAAAUCUAUUACAAGCCCAGCAUGGCUGUGCUUCUGAUAUCCUGACUGCAAGAGAGGCCUAUGUUCUUCUGGGUGUAAACAGACCUGCCAGUCCCUCCAAAUCACGCUAUACACCUUUACUUAACAAUGAUUAUAUUGUCAAUUCAAAAUUCUUAGCUAAGCUAGGAAUCCAAGUGGAGUCGCAAAGUCAGUCCCAAGGGAAAGCAAAGAGGCUGCAAAAGAUGUCUGUAUCACCAUCUUCCUCUCUUUCAUUCAUUUCAGAUGGGCAUCAAGAUCGCUGAGAACUCAAAUACAUAAUAUAAUUUAGAGACAAGAAAGUCAAAUCUACUCCAAAUCUUUAGAGAUUGCCGUGGUUAGAAAUCCUAGUUCAAAGUACAUUUAUUACCAAAGUAUGUAUGCUAUAUACAACUUCGAGAUUUGUUUUCUUGCAGGCAGCCACAAAAACAAAGAAAUAUAAUAGAACUGAUUAAAAAACCAAACACAACAAAGACCAUCAAGCAUCCAAGGUGCAAAGAAAAAGAACAAAUUUUACUUUUUUUAUUGUGUGUCCAAUAACAUACAGAAUACAAACCGCAGAGUCCCCUAAAGUGAAUCCACAGCUGUAGUCAGUUCAGCUUUGCAGCUGGUUCAGGAGGCCAAGGGCUGCAGGCCACAGCCACAGAGCCAAUUUAGUGCUGAGGUGUGUAAGCCUCAUGGAGUAGUGAGCUGAACACUGAUUCAUCCUUCACCCACGGCCUUGACGCCCUGAUCUUUUAAAAUCAGGAUUGGCACUUUAAUUGGCCAAACAUCAUUCGUUUUUCACUCUCGGGCCCCAGCCCUGCUGCUUCGAUCUGGCCCCAUGUUUGCUUCAGCAAUGGCUAAAUAUCAGUUUGUUUUUUAGCCCCCAAGCCUGGGCCUCACUGCUUUGAUCCAGGCCCAAGCUCCACUGACGACCACCACAACCGUACCUGCAAUCUCGAGUAUCCAGUUUGCUGAAUCUUUCAGGAUACCACAAAAACGCUAGGACAUACAGAGGGUUCAAAAUCACAGUUUCCAAAGGGAAAGUACAGGCUGCAGAUUGCAGUGUCCAUAGUCCAGAAAGAGUAUAAGGCCAACAAAACAUAAAUCAGACAUUGGAAAGUUCCUUUUUCAAAUCCAUAUAUUUGUCUCUUGGUAAAUAUUGAUGGCAAAAUCCUGGAAUUAUAAAUCAUCAGAAACUCACUGAUUAUAUUAAACAAUAUGUAUCAAAAGUCAAAAAAACAGUCAUAGAUGAACACCAAGAAUUGAAUUGAAAGACAAUAAUUCUGGUAGAUGUGAGGAAUAGAAUUCCAUAUAAUUUGCAGAUUUGCUCUUGUCCAUAUAGUUUAAACCUAUUUUGAGACGUUUCCUGAGAUUUAUCAGAAAAUUGAAGAAUCAGACAUUACAUUCAAAGUGACACCUAAUUGCAUUGUGAGCAGCACCAGUCAGCUUUUAGAUCUAAUUAAUUUUAAAACAGAGGUCCCAUCAGUGAAUGAUCUCAGAAAACGUGUCAAGCUUUAGGCUUUCAUUUCAGUCCAUCUAAAAUGCAUCAAAAGGCACUUUAACAAUACCAAAAUAUAAAAGACUCUUGAGUGUGACACUGAGUUCAGAUUUGUACACGGUGCGGUUCUGUUACCUAAAUCCUUCUCACUCACCACUCCAGGUUCAACUUAAGCUGUAUGAAUAGCGUCUCUUUCAUCAACAUUCAAUGGAACUUCCCUGCCCUGCAGCAUUAUGGUAGAACAAGACUCCAAGAUGCGUUCCAGUUCUCCCUUCAGCACCAAGAGAAGGCCUUCGUCAUAUGGAUUGUCUUAUGAAUGAAAAGCUAAAAAUUAAAGUGAUUUAGAUAAGCAUGUCUGCCUACAAGUACUUAUAUCAUAUUUCUCACUAUAGAGGCAGUGGCCAUGCAGCCCAUCGUGUUUGCUGGGUCUUAGCAAAACUCCAUUAGUCAUGUUGAUUCCAUGCAAAUGGCGCCUCUCACAUGCUCAUCAACUCUACCCCGAUUCCUCUACUACCCACCCACACUAGGGGCAGUUUAUAAUUGCUGGCUGAUCUACCAACCAGUACAUCUUUGGAACAGGAGAGGAAACCAGAGCACACAUGGAAAACCCACACAGUCAUGAGGAUGAUAUUUAAACUUCACCAAGGAUCAAGAUUGAACUAGGGUCAAUGCAGUUAAAAAGCAUUGGCACUAACCGCUGCACUAGCAUGCCUUGCAUAGUAUGUCAUUUAUUAACCAUUGUGCGCAACAUUGCAAUAAGGCCUAAAGAUCUAAUUCAGUAUGAGCACAGCUCUUCUAUUUAAGCAUAACACACUACCUGUAGCAAAUCCCAUCAGUAACAUAAGCUCAGAAAAUGAGGUGUAUUGUAUUUGAUUUUGAGUUUAUCUAAAAUGUUCCAACAGGCAGCUAAAUAUCAUACUACCACAUUCAACACAAAGCUUAGAAUUUUUAUGUUAAUAUUAGAAAAGUGCAAACAUUUCAUUUUUAAAAACAGUAUGAAUUUAUCCCAAAUAUUCCAGCACCAGCAAGUUGCGUGAUCAUUUUCUUGGUGAUCUUAUAAAGAUUACUUUUCCCACAAUAACCAUGGUUGUUGUCAUCUCUGUGGCAGGUAUAAGAUACAAAAUGACAUGCCUUCAGAAACCUCCAUCUGUGUAGAUCAGUUCCAAUCAAUACUGCAGAUUUCUGGGCAUAAAAAAAUUAUGAGAGUAUAACUUAUCUGUAGUUACCCAAAUAAACUUUUUUGGUCAUCCAUCAAACCUACAGUCCUAAUAAAUCUCUACCAGCAAAACAGAACUCGUUGCAAAAUCUCGACAUCUAUUUUCUAAGACAGCAAAUUCACAGUGAGGCCAGGCUCAGCAAGGAAACAAUCUACACUGCAACUCACAGUCAGUCUCUAAUAAAUAUUGGUCAUUUGAUAUACUUUUAAGAAUUAUGUGCGAUAUGCAGUAUGACUUUGAAUACAUUGCUUUAUCAUUAUUUCAAUGAGAUGAUUAUUGUUUGCCAGCAGUUAAGGAUAUUUCAUUCAAAGUUUUAUCCCAUUUGCUUGCCUUACAAACAGAAAUAGAGAGGAGGAUUUGUGAAUGCUGCACCAUCACUGAAAAUGUCUCUCAUAUUUACUAUUUCUCUUGUUAUAUUUUUACACUGUCAAUGCAGUUUAUAUGCUCUCAAAUAUACAUGAAUGAUAAUUAAAUGAAUUGAAAUUGCAUUCAAAAAGAACAUGUGAAAUAGAACAUAGAAUACUAUUACACAGCACAGGCCAUUCAGCCCAAGAUGUUGCGCUGAUCUUGAUGUCAAUUUAUACCAAAUGUCCUGCUCCUGUGUAUCGUACAUAGCCCUCCAUUCCCUUCAUUUUCCUGCGUGUAUCUAAAACCCUCUUAGGCAUCACCAGACUAUCCGCUUCCAUGACUAACCAGAAUAACCUAUUCUGGACACCUACUACUUUCUGUAUAAAAAAUGUGCCUCUCACAUCACCAUUCAGUUUCUCACUCAUAUAAGCAUUUCUACCUUGGGGAAAGGAUUCUGACUAUCAACCUUAUCUAUGCCUCCCAUACUUUUAAAGGGUUCUAUCAGAUCUCCCCGCAACCUCCAAUGCUCUAGAGAGAACAGCACAAGUUUAUCCAACCUUUCCUUACAGCUCAUACAUUCUCAUCCAAGCAGUAUUCCAAUAAACAUCUGCAGCACCCUCUCCAGUUUCCACAUCUUUCCAAUAAUAAGACAACCAGAAUUGCAUGCAGUUCUCCAAGUAUCUUCUAUAAAGCUGCAGCAUGACUUCUUACUAUUGAGAAAUAUACCUGACAUAAUCACUAUACAUACCUGAAAUAUAACCACUAUGUACUGGCUAUUUACUAUACUAUGUAAUCACUUCUAUGUACUGAAUAUUACUCUGUAUUAGUUUACUAGACACAUUUUGCUAUGUAUUGUUUUAACUAGAUACCUUGUAUUCUCUUAGCUACAUACUUAAAGAACACCUGUUUAGCUAACAGCACUAAUUAGCUGAAAUGUACCCCAUAUAUUAUACAAUAGAAUGGCUUAUGAAGAGAUAACGGUGGCAGACAGGAUAGUAUGAACAGGAACUGUAAUGUGAGGGAGGUUAAGGGAGGCUGACUGAGAAACAACCGUGGCCAGAAAUGAGGCCCAAGAUGUGAACUGGAAAGAAAUACUGGUGGUGCACCGAGAGCUAGGCAAGAGCGAUAGAUUAGUUAAUGUAUAGAUGAUAUGCAACUAAAAAUUGAUUGGGUAUGCUGAUAAAACCGAAAUGUAACUGAGAUAAGAAAUUACUAUAAAGAAUGCUGUACACCGGAGCUCGGUGGGCUUUCGGUGACAAGUUCAUUGAUUGCCUCAGCCUUUGUUUGCAAAAAAAGGUUUAAAUUCUCGAAGAAUUGUCUGCGUCUCCUGGUCAUUUCAAGUAACCACAACAUUACCAAGCAUGCCAGCACAUACAGCAUCAUUACCAACUUAUCUAUUUGUGUAGCCUCUUUCAGUGUACUCCAUCCAUCUUUAUAUUCAUUUGAACGUGACAAGAAUAAAACUGACUGUAUGCAACUGACAUCAGCAAAAUGGCUCAUUUCUAGGUCCUUCAUGGGUCUUCCAAAUCAAAGUAUUUCACCAGAUGUGAAAAUCUUUGAGACAUUCACACACAGUGAAAAGCAAUAUUUAAAUGAAGUUUUUUUCUUUCUUUAUAAUCUUAGUAAGCACAGACAGACUGAAGGUUGGUCAAAUGCUUUUGCUCCUUAACUGAACUACGUAGAGAAUAUACUGUGUGUUAUCUGGAAACUUAAAAUUCUACUGUGCUUUCCAACUUG